GUCCUCCGAGCAACGGCUGCGGUCUCCUGUCAGGUGCCGUCGCCGGGAGAGCGGGAUGCGCCGGGAUUCGCAGCCGCUCCCUCGGCCGCGCCAUGGAGGUGGAAGAGGCGUUCCCCGUGGUGGGCCAGAUGGGGCCCUUCCAGGUCUGGCUUUGCGUCCUGCUGGCCGCGCUGCUGCAGCUCUACGUUGCCAGCGAAGCGAUCCUCAUUGCGCUGGUGGGGGCGACACCUCCUUACUACUGGGAUCUCAAAGGGAACACCGCUAAUUGGAGCCAUAGCAACCAGUCUGCGAGUGAAGAAAGAGCUUUUGGAAGGUGGUUGCUAACAGCCAAUGGCAGCGAAGUCCACAAGCACGUUCACUUCAGUGGCAGCUUUACGUCUAUUGCCUCCGAGUGGUUUUUAAUCGGAAACACAUCAUACAAGGUCAGUGCUGCCAGUUCCUUUUUCUUCAGCGGUGUCUUUGUUGGAGUGAUUGCAUUCGGCCAGCUCUCAGACCGCUUCGGACGAAAGAAGGUCUACCUUGUAGGUUUUGCCCUUGACAUCCUGUUUGCUGUAGCAAAUGGUUUCUCCCCUUCCUACGAGUUCUUUGCCAUCUCUCGCUUCUUGGUUGGAGUAAUGAACGGUGGGAUGUCACUGGUGGCUUUUGUCCUGCUGAACGAAUGUGUGGGCACUGCUUAUUGGGCAUUGGCAGGAUCAAUUGGUGGCCUGUUCUUUGCUGUGGGAAUUGCUCAGUAUGCUUUGCUAGGAUAUCUCAUUCGCUCCUGGAGGAUGUUGGCAAUUGUGGUUAACCUGGAGGGAACAGUAGUCUUCCUGCUCUCUCUGUUCGUUCCUGAAUCGCCUCGCUGGCUGUACUCACAGGGGCAGCUGAGUGAAGCUGAGGAUUCUCUCUGCCUCAUUGCAAAGAGGAACCACAAGCCAAAGUGCACUUUUUUGCUUAAACUGCCAUCGGAGAGGAGCCACAAGGAGGCUGGUAGCAUCCUCGACUUGUUCCGAUACAAGAUCCUUCUGGGGCGGACUCUGAUUAUGAUGUUCAUCUGGUUUGUAUGCAGCUUAGUUUAUUACGGUCUUACUCUCAAUGUGGGUGACCUGGGAGGCAGCAUCUAUGCCAACCUGGCUCUUUCUGGACUGAUAGAGAUUCCCGCAUACCCGCUCUGUAUCUACUUGAUUAAUCAAAAAUGGUUUGGCCGGAAGCGGACCCUCGCAGCGUUUUUGUGCCUGGGAGGACUGACCUCUCUUAUUGUCAUGUUUCUUCCUGAAAAGAAAGCGACAGGAAUGUUUGCAGUUCUGAACAGCCGGUCUUUGUCAUUACUGGGGAAGCUCACCAUCAGUUCUGCAUUUAACAUUGUUUAUAUCUACACCUCAGAACUCUACCCUACAGUGAUCAGGAAUGUUGGAAUGGGAGCCUGUUCCAUGUUCUCUCGAGUUGGAGGGAUUAUCGCUCCUUUUGUCCCAUCUCUGAAAUCUGUGCAGUGGUCUUUGCCGUAUGUUGUGUUUGGAGUGACGGGUUUGCUGUCAGGCCUUUUGAGCCUGUUAUUGCCUGAAACCUUAAACUGCCCAUUGCUGGAGACCAUCUCUGACCUGCAGGUUUGCUCCUACCGCAGGCUGGACAGUGAAGCCGUGGCACUGCAGGCACUUGAGGGCUCCCAGUCUGACCGGGAUAGUUCAGCUGGGAGCGGAAGUGAAGACGAAGAAUUCUAUGAUGCGGAUGAAGAGACUCACAUGAUCACGUGACAAUGGAGGAAACGCCUCUGUUGAGUUAUGGCCUUUUGGAACUCUUCAGUCAGCUUCAUCUGUACAAAUGUAAAAGCCGGUAACAGUCAAGAGGCAGAAAAGACUCGAUCAGUGCUGUCCUACCUGUAUUGCAAGGGAAAGCAGCACCUGUUCCUCAUUGUUGUCUGCUCUGGCAGGUGAAACUGUUCUUAAUUCUGGAACACGUCAGCAAUUUGCAAGGGAUACUAUUUGUAAAACCUAACUGAUCUAGUCGGUAUCCAUUUGGGAUGCCAUUUGUGAAACCUAACCGAUCCAGUUUGUAUCCAUUUUGGAUGCCAUUUGUAAAACCUAACUGACCCAGUUUGUAUCCAAUUUUUUCUGCAUGUGUUAUUAAUUUCUUCAUUCAGUGCACACUGCUAUUUAUUAAUUGGAAGUUGACUGUAGGUAGAGAUUAUUCACCACACGAUAGGAAAAAACAUCUUGAAAUACUGCAAGAGAGAUAUCUGCAUCAUACAGGGAAUGUCUGCCACUCCUACAUUCUGUGGAAUUUUAAUCUUGGGAGAGAGAUGGGGGGGGGGGGGGGCGGUUUGCAGAAAAAAUGGAUUGGAAAUUCUGUUGCACUGUAAAGACCAAUUCCCCUAAAAGGCAACUGAAUCACAGAUAUGAAUCCCAAUGUCAAUUCUUAAAAAUGUUGUCCUUUUUGACUGUUGGACCAAGGUCUUUUGUUAACUUAGUGUGUUCCCCGUUUGAUGUAUUGCUUCUCUCUGUUUUCUUUGUUAGGAACCAUAUAGAUCUAGCCAGGGCUUUUCUUCUGGGAAAAGAGGCAGUGGAACUCAGGGAGGAGUUUUUUAAAGUUUAAAUCACCCUCAGCGAAAAUGGUCACAUGGCCGGUGGCUCCUCCCCCUGAUCAGACAGAGGGAAGUGCACAGAGGGCAAUCUCAACUCCCCGAUGUCUGGAGAUCAGGGGGUGGGGCCACCAGCCACGUGACCAUUUUCUAGAGGUGCCAGAACUCCAUUCCACUUUGUUCCAGCUGAAAAAAAGCCCUGGAUCUAGCUUCCCUGAGGGUCUUACACUGUACAGGAUCCAGAGGAGUUAGCCGUGUUAGUCUGUAGUAGCAAAAUCAAAAAGAGUCCAGUAGCACCUUUAAGUUGACUGUACAGGGUUAUCCUUGUUCUACACUGCCCUCUCCAAAGUAGAAACAAUAGUUCAGAAAUUUGCUGGUGAAUUCCCAGGAAAGUAUAUCAAGUGUUGCUACUUUAAGUUCAAACCACCUGUGCGUGUUUGCUGAUUGGUGUUGUUGGUCAGCUGUAAGGUCGCGCUUAGCCAGGACUUUCUGUUUCCAAAGGGGCAAGGCCAUGGUGAGUCGUGGAAAACAAACUAUCCUGUUCUCCUUUUGUGGGGAGGGGAACAAAGCUGUUUCAAUAGCAGCAGCAGCAUCACAACAACAAUUGAUUUAUAUACCGCCCUUCAGGACAACUUAACGCCCACUCAGAGCAGUUUAUGAAGUAUGUUGUUAUUAUCUUCUCGACAAUCACUCUGUGGGGUGGGUGGGGCUGAGAGAGCUCCGAGAAGCUGUGACUGACCCAAGGUCACCCAGCUGGCUUCAAGUGGAGGAGUGGGGAAUCAAGCCUGGUUUUCAAGAUUAGUGUCCUGCUGCUCUUAACCGCUACACCAAACUGGCUCUGUGGUGGUAUCUUUUAGUGCUUCUGACAGCCGUCCAUACUCGUGCAAACUUUGAGAGUUGCUCACUUUCUCUUCCUGAACUAUAAACAGAAGAGGAAAGUGCUGGAGAUGGAGAACCCAGAAGACUUCCGGCCCUACUGCCAUUGUUAUGCAGGACAGGACUGGAUGUUCAUUGUCGUCUCAUAUUGAUGAUAGGAGUAGCGGAACAAAGUAUAAUAGCACCUGAAAGACCAACAGAAUUCCACGGUCAUCAGAGUGAGGCAUAGAUUUGAUUGCACAGCAUUAAUGCCCAAGUGUUGAUUUUGUUUGUUGCAACUUAUUUAGAACUUAGAUUCUUCAGUGUAGAAUGCAACGUCACACUUACUUUGUAUCUGUUUUAAAUGUAACGUUAGCUGGUUGGUUAUCCUGGGGAUAGAUAACUCGUGGUUCAGAAUUUGUCAAUGCUUUAAGUAGGCAUGACCCAACUCAAAGGUGCCAAAGGAGGUCUAUUUGAGUCUCAAGAGGUGCUCCGUGAUUGGUACAAAUCUAUGAGACUAUUAUUAUUAAAACUUCAGUUGGAUCUGCUAGAAGUGGUAGGAGUGUUCUACACUUUGAGGGCCAUCUUUUUCCCCACUACAGUUGCACCCAAACAUUGUAUCUACAGCUGCUGGUGUUCACAGACGUGUGCAGCACUUCUCCCGAUGAUAGCAUGUUAUACUCUUUGUUCAGCUGCUGCGGGGUCUUCUAGCGUUCCCCACCCCUCCGUAGAAUUUUGGUUACAGGAAAAUUGCGUAUAUUUUUUCCAUCUUCCAGUUUCUCCAGCUGUCAAGAGCUGCGUUGAAACUGGGGAAACUUCAUGAGCAUCUGGUGGCCUGCACUUGCUCCUCUUUCUCCUCCCCCACCAUUUUAGACACUGUUUUGUUUCUUUGGCGGGAAGAUUUCUCCUUUAUCUAGUUCUGAGCUGAGCAGAUGUACAUGGGGGGAAAGCUUUCAGAGAAUUAUUUGUCUAUUUACUUGAUUUAUACCCCACUUUUUACAAGGACCCAAAGUGCCUCAACUCAUUUUCCACUCCUUUUUAUUCUCAGAACAAUCCUGUGAGCUAGGCUAGACUGUGAGUGUGUGUGACUGGCUCUCCACUUCAUCCAACACAGUGGUAUGAGUUAAAAGGGUCUUUAUUCAGAUAAAACUCCCUAGAAGUGCACUGAUACAUAGAGAUUGCCCAGAACGCUGAAGGACAGUCUUCCCUGAGAGGUUAUACUCCAGUUCCCCUCCCCCAGUCCAAACAAGUCAGUUGAAGUCAGCAAAAGUCCUGCAAGAGAUGCCCAGCCGAAGUUCCCACGCCUGGUUCCCACACUGCUGCACUGAUAAGGUCUCUUAGCAAAGCAUAGGCCUAGUGAAAGAAGCUACACUACAGGAAGAAAGCCCAUCUCCCCACCCCCACCCCCCGUAGACAUGCAUUCGCCGUCAUGGCAGGCAGGCUGGCUUGCCUGCCUUGACACCUAGCAUCUCUUGAAAAUGUCAGGAAAGGCACAUGCUUUGCACCAUACAGCUUCAAAGAAGCUUCCCAUCUGGAAUCCUGCCAACAUUGCAUGCUUUGACGGGGCUUCUGUUCCCUUUAAAAGGAGAAACAUCCAUUAACUCUGCUCUUCUGGCAGGAGCUUUCUCUCCUCCCCCACCAUCCUCGCCCCCAACAGUAGGAGUAGCAUCACCAUUGAAAGGAUGGAAGCCCAGCAGCCAUCAAGAUGCUCGGCGCAAGUUUUCUUGGGGGCUGGGAGGAGAGCUGUGCUUGGGAUUUCUUCUUCCUUCCACUGGCCCUCUCCUCGCAGGGGAUACCUGUGCUUCUGCACUGAAGGGAAGGUGGGGAUAACUCUUCAGCAGGGAGAAAGAAAUAGUAUGGUGUAGCUGAAGGGAGAAGCAGGGCAGAGCCUGCCUAGGAGAGCUUUGGGCAGAGCAGGUCUCAGGUAUGAGCUGUCGGACUUGGGUUUGGAGGCAUGUUCUCGGCUGCAUCAGCUGGCCACAUGCGCUGGGUGGCUUCUCUGUCAGAACAGGCUUUAUUGGCACUGAGCAUGGUGGACCUGUCUCCUCCUUCAACUGCUACUUGGCAGAUGUACUUUGUAUCGGCAUCUCCAGUAUAACUCGUCAAAGUCAUUUUCCUUCAGAUCCUAACAGGGGGAAAAGGGACACAUUUAGGAGUUUGGAGUAAUCGCAGAACAACUUGCGGCACACCUUAGCUGAGUCUUGAGCAAUGAAAUCCUAAACAAAGUUACUCCAGUCUAAGCCCAUUAAUUUCAGUGGGCUUAGAGUAGAGUAACUCUGCUUAGGAUAUCACUGUAAGUCUUGUGAGGCAAUCACUUGAACCAUUAUUUCCUCAGUUACCAUCAGAACUACCUCUACAGCCAUUACUAGAAAGGAUUCAACACACAGUCCUGAUACCCAGAAGGCCUAGACAGGCUGGCAUCAGUCUCGGGGGGUAGAAUUAGGGGGUUCCUUCUCAAAAGGUCCGCUGAAAGAGGCAUGCUUGUGCUCACUUCCAAUUAGAGUGUCCUCUCCCCUUUCACAGAAAUGAAGCAAUCCUCCGUGAGUUGACUCCUUUCUGUUUAACAUAUUCUCUUAGGUUCCAUCAGCCAGGAACUCAGACUGCCAAGGCACUUCCCACACCUUCCGUGCAAUACCGAGAGGGCACUACACCCCUUGAAGGUGCCCUGGCCUCUUGCCAUCUUUGUAGACAGCACCGUGCCCUCCUGGAAGCACCUUUGCUUAUUUAUGUGCCUCAGAACUGUAAGGAGCAAUGACCUCGUCUCUAGUUCUCAAAAAUGUAACCUGUUUGCCACUGGAAGAAUUAAAGUUUCUGCCAUGGCUUUGUGAUGAAUGUAGCAGAAUCCCAUUGAACGGUGUUUGUUUAUUUAUUUAUUUAUUUAUUUUAUUCGAUUUAUACCCCACCCUCCCCACAAAUGGGCUCAGGGCGGCUAACAACAUUAAAAAAUACAUUAAAAUCACAAAAACAUAAAAUCAACAAUAAUUUUUUAAAAAUCAUUAAAAUAGUCCAGGAGCAGGCUAUUUAGACAAAUAUUGGGAGUCUGUAUACGGGCAUAGCCGAUGGCCGAGGGCAGCCCCAGAAGUGGUGGUCUUAGAUGGAAGCAGGACACCCGCUGGCACUCCGCCGGAGGCCCGGUGGAACAUUUCCAUUUUACAGGCCCUGCGAAACUCCAACGGGUUCUAAUUUCAGCUGCCCUGGCAUCUAGUUCCUGAAACUGCAGGGCAGUGUUGACAACAUUGAUUUUUCUUGCAUGCAUUUUAUAGUCUCUGAAAUUACUCAUUGCUUUGGAAGUGGCACCCAGCCAAAGGGAUGAAUACCGGUAUUUAGAGGAAGGUACAACUUCUUGGAAAUUUGAGGUAUACACUUAAUAGUAGAUAAAUCUGGAACAAGAUGGUUUGCUUUGGAAUCAAGUGGAGA